AAAAAAAACACGUGUUCUUCCAAAGUGUCAACAUGGGAAAGAGGAGGCAAAACAAGACAAUUUUCACUAAUUUAUCUAAAAAACAAAAGAAACAUUUAAAGGAAUAUGGAGAGGAACACCCUUUCCAUGACAUAGUUAACGAAAGACCAGAAAGAACUCAAAUAGUAGAACUGCCUGGUAGCCCAGAGCAACCCAACGCAUAUGAUGAAGAAGCUGGGGAUUACGAGGAGGAGCCAGAACAGAAGACUGCAUACCAAAAACUCCUUUCAACUCUGGAUUCAAAUCAGGGCUCUAGUGAGGAGGAAGCCAGCAGUGAAGAUGAUGACGACGAGGAAGAGUUUGUCAGUGAAGGCACUGAUGGAGGACAUGAAAGUGAUGAAGGUGAACAAGAAGAAGGGGACGCAAAGGUAGAUCAUGAUGACGAUUCAACUGAAGUAAAAGCCAAUACUGCUGAGGAGAAGGAACCAGUGGAUGGAGAGUUUAUUGAUAAGGAAAAUGAGUCCCAUUUUUGCCUAGAGAACAACUAUGAAGAAGAUACUGCAGAGAGGGAGCAUAAAAAGGAUAAAGAUUUGUUUUUGCAGCAUUUGAAUACAGAGCUCAGCGAGAAUGAUAUUGACAAAAUCACAACAGGCAGCAAAGUGAAGACCCAGCUUAAGUGGCCAAAGCUGGGAAAUCUUCUCUGCACUAGUUCACUGGAAAGGUUUGGAGUCAUUGGCACUCAAAAGGACAUACAACUCCCAGUUUUCCAUAAGCUCAUUGAAACAUCAUGGAAGGACUUGAACCAGGCUUUUGCUUCUCCGGAAGAACUUAGUCCACUUCAAACUGAGCUGCUAUCUCUCAUGGGCUCCUAUCAGGACAUCUACUACCCUGAAAUGUGUCCAAUCAAACAAGGCCCUCAGGUUCGCAGUGCUUACUGUGUUCAUGUACUCAACCAUGUUUUGAAAGCAAAUUCCCAGGUCCUUGCUCACAAUGCUCAGCUACGAGAGCAGAAAAGUCAAGCUAAAGCAGGCUCUGAGCCACAGGAUGACCCACGGGACCAAGGGCUAACCAGGCCAAAGGUCUUAAUUUUAGUGCCAUUUCGAGGUGGAGCAUUGCAUGUUGUCCAAACGCUCAUUGGUUUAUUAGAAAAUAAAAGUAAAAAGAUAGUAGUAAACAAUAAGAAGAAGUUCAAGGAGGAGUUUGGUGAAGAUCCAGAAGACAAACCCUCUAAUUUAAAAAGGCCAGACGAUUACCAUGCAGUCUUUUCUGGCAAUGUGGAUGAUCAUUUCAGGAUAGGUGUUUCAAUUAUCAGAAGCAGCAUGCGUCUCUAUGCCCCUUUCUACUCGUCAGACAUCAUCAUUGCAUCUCCUCUGGGCCUUCGGACUGUGCUGGGAGCUGAAGGGGAGAGUAAAAGGGACUUUGACUUUCUUUCUUCAAUAGAAGUUUUAGUGGUGGAUCAGGCUGACGUAUUUCUGAUGCAGAACUGGGAACAUGUUCUGCAUGUGAUGAAGCAUAUGAACCUGCAGCCAUUAGACUCUCACGGGGUGGACUUCUCCAGAGUGAGAAUGUGGAGCCUAAAUAAUUGGGCCAAACAUUACAGACAGACUCUGGUCUUCAGCUCUAUUCAGGACCCACAAAUCAACAACAUCCUCUCCAAGCACUGCGCCAACUACAGAGGCCAGGUUGUUACUAAAAACAUUCCAAAAACAGGCUCGAUCUGCCAAGUGUUGGUCCAGUUGCCACAUGUAUUUCAAAUGUUCCAUUCAGACAGCUUUAUGGACCAAGAUGCUCGGUUCCAGUUCUUUGUGGAUAAAGUGCUUCCUCAAUACAAGGACUCAGUCAUGUCCCAUACAAUGAUCUACAUUCCUUCGUACUUUGAUUAUGUCCGUUUACGAAACUACAUGAAAAAAGAAGAGCUUAAUUUUGCCAGCAUCUGUGAAUACUCCAGCAAGUCAGAAGUUUCCAGGGCCAGACACUUCUUUCAGAAAGGAGAUAAACAGUUUCUGCUCUUUACAGAACGCUUCCACUACUACAAAAGAUAUACAGUCAAAGGGAUUCAGAACAUGAUAUUCUAUGGGUUACCGUCUUACCCACAUUUCUACAGUGAGGUGUGUAACAUGCUAGCUGAGGGGGGCCAGGGAGAGCAGGCCAGCUGGACAUGCACUGCCCUUUACUCGCGCUAUGAUGCCCAUAAACUGGCAGCCAUCACUGGAGCUCAGAGGGCCGGACAGAUGCUGCAUUCAAACAAGUCGGUUCACCUUUUUGUGACUGGAACAGAGGACAAAGCAACAUGAGCAAGAUGUAAGAGAGAGAUCCCUCCAAAGAACUUAGAUAAGCCGAAAGCCAAUACCACGGCUAGUUCAUUUGCAAUUGAAUAAACAUUUAAAAUGAUUGAAAAUG